AUGAGUGGAUCAGACCAUCAAUUCGACCCCGCCACCAUGGCUGGCUUAUCAGAGGCCUCUCAGGGAUCCGAUGACUCCAACUUUGAUAUCUUCGAAUGGUACCCGCGAUACCAAAGCUGUCAAAGGUAUUUCCUCGACUACGCGCAGCAUAGCGUCCCCGUGCAGGCGCUCUCAGCCUUCCUGAACAUCCAAUUACCCUUCCAAAAACAAUCUCAUCCAAUCUUCAAUUCCACUUCCUCCGGUACUGCCCCUUCAGUCCCAGGACACGAUACGAGGUCGGUUCCCGUGCCUAAUCUACCACCAUCGAUAUCAUUGGUUCCCUAUAUCAGGCGCCUUGUUGCUACGGGCAUGGACUUUCCUGGGGUUUUGCAUGGAUUUUUUGGCGAUGAUUGGACGACCGGCGUUGGGUCACUACAUGAACAUGAGCGUCGGAACUAUCUCUUCGCAGCAAAGAGCGGUGGAUGGGCUUCAGUGAAGAAGGAUUACGAUAUGGGACCAUCAGAGACUGUCCCAUUCUUACGGCCACUACAAGGGCCCAUUGAUACCGAGCUUGAGGCUGCUGAGCGAAGUUGGAGCGAAUGGUUAGCCAUGGAAGAUUGGAUGGUUGGUCCCCGAUUCCCAGAUACACUCCAAGAUUCAUCUUCACAAACCUCGCGACAUCGAAAUUCUAGACCAUAA